CCUCCCGUCUCGCGCAGAAGCUCGUUCAACUUUGGGAAGAGACGGCUGCCUCUUUAUUUCUUCUCUCAUUUGGAGUGCGCGACUUCUCACUGAGGAUCGAGAUCGCGAGGCUGUGGAGGACCUGCUCGCUUCCUUCCCGUCAGAAAGUCUCGGAGAUGUCUCUAUUUCUUGAGCGACACCUGCAGUGUUACGAUGUCCAGCCCAAAACAAACCAGCGGUUGCGUCCCUCAAGCAAUACGUGGACUGUCAACAACUCUAAGGUGUCGUCUCUCUGAAUGCUGAACGCGUUCACCGUUUCCUGGCCAAUAAGGAAGUUGCCAUCGUCGACUCUGCUGAAAACUUGAGGCUAAAUCUUUUCCAUCCUGUUGCCAUGGAGAACCUGAGUGAGCUCCAGAACCCUUUGCUGGACAAAAACAGCAAGUCGAUGGUCAACGGCUACGGCGGAGACUUUCCAAAUAACCAGUACCAAGAAAACAUCAUUAACUAUUUUGCUGGAAGUGGGGGCGAGGGUGGAGGAGGAGGAGGAGGGAAGGUGAGUAACGGGAACGUGGUGAGCGGAGGAAGCUACAACACAUCUGGCAAAAUCAAGACGCAGCAGCUGUUGGAUGCCACAUCGCUGCAUCUGGCGGUGGAAGCUUUCUACAGACCCAACUUCAUCCUGUACAAGGAGGACAGCGGAAGCAUCAAGGCUAAGGAAUACAAACCGGAGUGUUGUGAGACGACUUUCACUGAGAAGAAGGCGAAGGAGGCCUCGAACAUAACGGUGGGCGAUGUGGCGGCCACGGAGGAUCCUCAGGCAAAGCUGCUGGAGGACGGCGAACACAUUAAGAUCCAAACUGUGUCCUACGAGGUGGAGGAGGAGGAGUAUGUGGAGUACGAGACCGACUGCUCCAGCGACAGCGAGAGUGAGGACAACUUCAUAGUGGUGCCACCGCGAGAUCACCUGGGCCUGGCCAUCUUCUCCAUGCUUUGCUGUUUCUGGCCCCUGGGAAUUGCUGCGUUUUACUUCUCACAAGGGACCACCAAGGCUGUGCACAAAGGGGACUUCCCACUGGCGAACAUCGCCUCCAGGCGCGCCUUGUUCCUGGCUGCCCUCUCCAUCACUAUAGGCACCGGCGUGUACGUGGGUGUGGUGGUAGCUCUCAUCGCCUACCUCUCUAAACCAGGACAUAUAUAGCAGGUAUGACUCCACACUCCAAGGAAAUAAAAAAAAAGAAAAGCCCACUCCGGGGAACAGCGCUGCUCAUGCAGAUUUUUCCCAGAAAGUUUUUGGGGCGGAUGUAUAGUUUCUUCCUCCACUUUCCUGACUCUCUAGCUUUCUCUCCCUGCAGGCCGUCUGUCAGCCAGGAUUAGCCACAGUGACUGGACAGAGGUCAGGCUGAAGGGUGCGGAGAUGGGGAAAUGGGUAUAGAUAGCGCUGAAGACAGAGUAAUGGACGGAUUCUAUGUUGUCGCACGUUUGCAUCACAUUGAAUCACCCCACGCUGCCUCCUCUCGAGUUUUUCACGGACCAGAAAAACUUGCAAGACUCAUUGAAAAACACCAACAAGCACCGUUGUGAGAGGGUUGGCGAUUUCAAAAAAAAAAUAAAAUCCCCUCCGUCACUUGUGUUCACCGUAGACUGCAGCGAUAUCCAUGCGAUGCCCGCUCUUUCCCCUGGACCUAAAUGUUCGUCAGUCGCAAAGGACAGCGGCGCCGCUUUCUGAAUGUUUAAGAACUGUUUAAUGAUUCUCAUCGCCAAAUGGAUAAAACGUGUUGGAGGUCAAUAGAUAUCAAAUGGGAUUUUGGCCAGACGGAUCAUUACACUGGGGCAUCAAAUCCAAGGAUCUCAGAAGGAGUUGGCUGCCAUCUGUCAAUGUCAAACCCUGAAAUCUGUCAAAACCGGCUCACGCCGUCUUCACCUCGUGCCGUGGAUUCCUUUAUUUCAUGUCUAUGUUUUUCCACUUCUUUUAAAGGCUCUUUGAUGGAGCUGCCCAAGGCAUCUGGAUUUAUUUCUCUUAAAGGAAUGUUGCUUUACAGCCAAAGCAAAACCUAAAUGGCCAUAAAUCCCAAGCAGUGCCAUCCAAAUUAGAUAUCUACAUUCAAGAACAUCACAAGGAGCAGAAGUUAUAGUGUUGGGUGGCGUCAGGCGACUUAGGACAUUCAAAUUCCACCUUAAGCGUUCAGCCCUGUCGACCCUAGAGCGCAGAGCUGGGCUCUUAAUCCAUGCACGACGCGAGCUACAAACACUUCACAGCAUACAGUGCCAUCUGGUGGCCUGCGAACUACAGGACACUGUUUCGCGAAACCUCACCUGCCCAUCACGACUAGCAGUUUUACAGAAACAAAACACAAAACCUGAAGCAGAAUUUGGGGAAGCAAGUUGUUAUCGCACAUGUGCUCAAUACAGUAGAGGAACAUCUGAGUCUUCACUCAACAAUUGAUCCCCAAGCAUUCAGUAUCUAAUAACAUAAAGUGACAGUGGCAUAACUUGAAUGAUCAAUUGAAUUUUUUUGACAGUCAAAAUCCAUGGUUUUCCAUGGUGUUCCAAGUCAUCUGGUGUUUUAGGCAGAUCUCUAUGUGGGUAGCUUCGUAGCUUCUAAAGCUCUUUUUUGGUUCCAGCUGCAACAGAUGUUCAAUGUAAUGGCGUUUGAUUCAUCCUUCUCAACUGUCUUCUAUGUUUAAAUCUUCAUGUUAUGAGGUCAACGAAUGGUGACUUCUGCAUUGCAGAACAUUGAUGUUGACAAACAUUGGUGAGUCGGCACAACUGGAUGCCAUAACAAGGCAGCAUAAAUAGGGUUUUUCUGAGAUGUUUUCUGAGGUAUAAGAAGUACUGUAAAAUGUUACUUAAGUAAACGUUUGAAUACGGUUCACGUUUACAAAGCUAGCUAAGAUGUUUCUGCAGAUCAAAUUUGCUCUCUCUUUCGUAGGCUGCCCACUCAUAUGGCUUCACACACAUACUUCGAUUGCCAAAAUAUGUGCCACCCAGUCAUCACUGUUUACAAACUCUGAACGGGUCUGUCGCCGCCGCCCUGACAAGAACUGCUCCCCGGCUUUAUGAGUUCUCCCCUGAAAAGAACUGCAGUUGCAUUAUUUACUUGAGUAAAGUACCCAUGAGCUGUACUUAAGAACAGUAUCAAGGUUCUUCAUUACUCUCUACCUCUGGAAGUAGUUGUACUGUUGGGAGCGUCAUGAGGAAGUACUCCAGAGAGGUAAAAAAAAAAAAUGAAACGUGUUAAAAAUCAUCCGUCCAAAACUGUUCCAGGGUGCGACACUUCAACAGCACGCACCAGUUGUGUGACACAUCUAGUGACACGGUAACACCAGAGUGUGGAGAAGUAUUUAUGAGGAUGCAAAAAGGGCUAAGCUCACGCAAACCACUCGCUUUGUAUUUGCAGACCUUCCCGGGUUCAUCGCAGAGGCAUCAAUACGUGACAUUUCUCAGUUACUUUCCCCGCACCGGCGCCCGCAUUAGUCAUACUUGACAUGCCGCACAAUUAGCUGCUCCUAAUGACUUUUUCUGAGGGAAUGUGUACACUCCCUGGAGCAUACCGCCCAAAAUAGCGCCAUAAUAUUCAUUCCACUAAUAAGCCGUUUUUCCCGUCGCCGGCUGCUGUCAAACAAGUCAUCAAUCCCGUUGCACAUCCUUCUUUAAAUAAAGCUGUUUUGCUCAAGGUGCGGUGCUGAGAUGGGAAUUUUUUUUUGUUUUUUUUUAUGUGUUUUUCUGACGGCAAGACGUAUGUUUGUACGUGCACAUCAUGACCAUAACUGUAACAAAGGUUUGUCAUCAUUUCUUGGCCAAAAUCUGCUGGUAAUGAUGUUUAUAUUGUGCCACUCCAGUGAUGUGUUCUUAUCUGGCUCCUCUGGCAACCCAGUAUAGUGCGAUGUGUCACCACCAUCCGUGGUUCCGAUUGCUGUUCUCAUUGUAAUGAGCUGAUGUACACAUGCUAAUCCCUCAAUGACCAUAGUAAUGUGUUCGGCAAAACAGGAGAGACUUUUCUUUUCUUUUUUUUUUUCUUUUUUUUUAUAAGUUUGGGUGUUAAGGCCACAUGUGUAAAUAUAAAGAUCUGUUGAAAUGUAAAGUAAAAUAAACCAGAGAGGAAAACAUCCCUCUUUAAAAGCAGCUUCCCUUCCUGUGGUUUAUGUAACUCUGGAUAUUUGGGUUCAUUUUAUCUCCAUAGGGUGGAUGAACAGGGUAAGUAAUUGAGAUGCUUGAAACUGAAAACGCUGGCACAGACUGAGUCAUGGAGUGUAGGAGUCGCUUUUAUUUUUGCCAGCAAGAUUGAGAGAAGCAGCUCUGAACAUUGUAGCAACGUCAAUCUGAUGGCUGCCCGAAGGAAAGUGCACCUUCCACGUUGACAGGAGUUUCGGGGGAUAAUGGAGGAACAUGACAAACUUGACAUUUCACACCGAGCUUUUAUACUUGCUCCCAACAGAGCUGCAAUUAGUGCUCGAAAGCUGCAUGAAUUAAGACACAUUUAGCUUGGAACGGUUGAAAUGAGUUCAUGCUCCAGCAACGCGCACCAUAACCCAGGUCAUUCGUGAAUGCGCUGUCACGUUGAACGAUUCAAAAAGACCAGGUUGUUCAAACCUGCCAGGAAGCAGCUCAGGUGUGGCACUAUUCUUAAUGGCACUACUGCCCUCUUAAGGCCAUUUGUGCUCC